UGUGUUGGUAGCAGCACCCAUGUUUGAAAUCCACUAGGUGGUAUGAACGAAAUUAAGAAAGAAACUCGAGCGGUUAUGUAACCGCAAGAUGAAGGGACAUCGGACUCUUUGGUUGAAUUUGUCAGGAUCGGAUCCUUUGCUCAGCUGCUUAGAUGCGGUAAGAACGGUUACGUUGGCGGCUUGGCACGGAGCGAUAUUCCGUCCGAUCACGUAACCGCCCGAAGCCAAGGAAUCGGCCCUCCGAUGCUUUAGAGUCCCCGAUAACUUCUAAGUACUAAUCUAUAGUUACGUGAAUGAGGCGGAAUUUGAAAUCGUCAUCGCAUCAUGCGAAUAAUGUAUUACGGCGAUGCCUAUAAUUCCAAAAGCCGUUGAAGAGUUUAUAAGUAUGGAGUGUCUUGGGGAUGAAGAAGGCAUUUGUGUCGCUCAACAGCAAUCUCAACAACUCAAUCAUAAUUGAAAUAAUCGAAAUCGAAAUCACAAUCUAAAUCCGAUUUUAUAACAUUUCUCUUCGAAAACACUACGCAAAAAUGGUUAAAAUCGCGCUUGCACCGGCCUCAAGUGAGCUGGCCAGGGAAAUUAUCGACGUCCUAGUCGCAACCGGAAAGCAUGAGAUUGUUGCUCUCGUCCGAAGGGACCCUACUCAAUUCCCUUCUCUUCCCGGUGUCACAUGGGUGCAGACAGAUUACCAGGAUAAAGCUGAACUAGUUCGUUUAUUCAACGGCGUAGAAGUUGUGCUCAGCUUCAUUCCCGUUCACCUCGACAUAGGCAACGCAAUUCAAAAGCGACUUAUCGAUGCUUCGAUUGAGGCUGGUGUAAAACGUUUCGCACCUUCUGAGUGGUCAUGUGGUACCCAAUUGGAGUCUGUUCUUGGUGCCAUCCCAUGGUAUACGGGUAAGGUCGAAGUGGCCCAGUACUUGGAGGACCUCAACCAGGACAAGAAGGUUAUCGAAUAUACCCGAUUCCACCCCGGUGGUUUCAUGAACUAUCUUGCGCAUCCUCAUAAGUCGACGAGCCACGUCACUACAUUCAACUUCCUAAUCGACUUUGAGAGCCAAAAUGCGCAAGUGAUCGAGGGAUCUCUUGACUCUGUGGUCGCUUUGACAACCGUGCAAGAUAUCGCCGGUGUGGUUGCUCGAGCCGUCGAGUUCAAGGGUGAAUGGCCAGUGAUUGGUGGUAUUGCUGGAAGUCGCAUCACAAUUGGGGAGUUGCUCAAGCUAGGAGAUGCUAUUGGCCGGCCGUUCAAGAUCCAAUGGCUUAAGGGAGAGGACCUUGAGGCCAUCGAGUACAAGCCAGAAAUCUACGUUGGUGUAGACCUCCGCAAUGCAUUGCCAGAGCAAGCCGGGAAGUUCUUGCAGAUGGCGCUUAACGGAAUGCUGCUUUCCAUGAGCCGGGGUAUCUAUGAUGUUACGGAUGAGUGGAAUAAACUCCUGCCGGAUUAUAAGUUCACCCAAACCGAAGAUUUCAUUAAGAAGUAUUGGGGUGGGAAAUAGUCGCUUAACUAUGCUUGAUUGGUAUAAUAGGAUAUUCGGAUGGCAUCAUGUACAAUUAGCUCGUCAAUGAUAUAAGCACUCAUUAAAUUUGUUAGUAACCCAAAUUUCAAC